UGGGAGCAAUCCAUUAACUGACAUACUGCACCCCCCUCGCUUCACCCCUCGCCCUUCAUCUUUUGACCACAGAUUGUUCUGACGUGAAGUUGACACUGACAGUGAGUGACUGACAGUUCGACAUUACAGUUUUGCUUGCGCGCGUUGAACGUUGUAUGUUCCCCGCUGUAAAUCUGUAAUAAUUAUCUUCUAUCGAUAAUUUGCGAAAAAGGACGUUUUUAUUUAGUGCUAAUUUACGCAAGGACGUUUAAAUUAUUAGUGCUAAGUUACGACAGGACGUUUUAUAGUGAUAGUGUACAAUAUGGAUGUUUUAGUGCGAUAGUUACGACAGGACGUUUUCUUUGGUUAAAAUGUAUUUCAAGUGUUGUAUAACAAAUUGUGGUAGUAAACGAAAGGACGUUAAACUCCACAAGUUUCCUACUGAUGAAGAUCAGAAGAACAAGUGGCUCGACUGUAUAAACAGCGAUAGUUUGAAGUCAGUUAACGUCGACAAAUUGCUUGUUUGCCACAAGCAUUUUGAAAAAAGAUUUCAUACAACUAAAUCUGGAAUUAAGAAAUCUGCCUAUCCAACCCUUUUUACUGUCAAGGAAAUUGAGGAUGGCAUUCCAUCAAAGUCAUUCUUUGAUAAAGAUAAUAAACAUGUUGAUCACACUUAUACACGUAAAAGGCACUUUGAUCAUUCAUACUGCAAAACACAAAAAUAUGUGUUUACUGAUUUAACCAAUAUGCCAUCAACAUCCACUAGUACAAUUGAAUAUGAGGGGAAUAUGGAGAUACUGGCUGAUUUAACCAAUAUGCCAUCAACAUCCACUAGUACACUUGAAUAUGAGGGACAUAUGGACAUAACUGCUGAUACUAUGGUUGCUUCAUCCUCUUCUGUUGCAAAUAAUGAGCCUGCAUCUGCGAAUAGUAUUCUGAUAUCACCACCCAGAAAGAAGAGGCUUAUUCGUAAUUUUGAGCAGCUUACACCAAAAUGCAAGCAAUUAUAUAAAAUAUUUAAAAAAUCAAAGAGACAACUGAAUUAUAAUGUCCGGGCCAAGAGAGCAUUGGCUUUUUCGAAGAAAAAUAAUUUUGAAGAAAUGACCAAAAAUAUGAAUCCGAUAGCAAAAAAAAUGUUUGCUAUGCAAAUAAAUAUUUGCACUAAAGCAAAAAAAGGGCGAAGAUUUAAAUUGGAAGAGAAAUUGAUUGCUCUAUCUAUUUAUAAACAGAGCCCCAAAGCCUACAGAUUUCUCCAAAAAAUUUUUAUUCUGCCAUCUAACACCACGCUGAAGAAAUUAAUAGCUGGGCUAGAUAUAAAGACAGGCAUAAACAAGCAAUUGUUUGCAGUAAUUAAAGAUGAGGUCAGUUGCUGGGAAGAAAAAAAAAAGUAUUGCACCAUUAUGUUUGACGAAAUGGCUCUUGAACCGGCUCUUUUUUAUUCAAACAAGAAUGACAAUAUCUCAGGAUUCGUCGAGCUCAACAAAAAAAUUAAUAACCUGGCAGACCAUGCUCUCGUAUUUAUGGCUAGAGGUGCCGUCUGCAAAUGGCAACAGCCUGUGGCGUUUUAUUUUACAGAAGGAGCAGUUUCAUCACAAAAUUUACAAAUAAUUUUGAAGGAAAUUGUAAAUGCCGUUGUCGAAACUGGCCUCCUCCCCAUUGCCCUUGUGAGUGACCAAGGGUCUUCGUUUCAAUCGGCAUUAAAAACCCUGCAGGAAAAUACCAGAGGUGAACAAAUACGUGCUGGUAUAGAGACAGAUGAUACUAUUAAUAUUUCUGGUGCUUCACUAAGUGUCAUUUUCGAUCCACCACAUUUGAUAAAAGGGCUACGUAAUAAUUUUAUAACGAAAAAUAUAAAAAUGAAUGGAAAAAUAUCAAAGUGGCAAGACAUAGUCGACGUAUACCAGACCGACUGCAAACACACUCAAAGUCGCUUACUACACAAAAUAAACGACGAACACGUCAUUCCCGAAAAAGUGAAAAAAAUGAAGGUGAAAAACUGCGUUCGGGUUCUAUCGAAAACUAUGGCGGCUGCCUUGUCGUAUACAGCUGAAUUCUCUCACUACUCGGAUGGCAGACCUGUCAGUGAUACGCUGCAAAAUACUGCGGACACAGUAGCAUUCUUCGACAAUCUUUUUGACAGUGUUAAUGGCUCUACUUUAGCACAUAAAAAUAACAAAGGAAAACCUCUAAGAAAAGCAGUAACUGCGAACUCCCCGAACCAUGGUUUCUGGCAAGACGCCAUUAAUAAAAUAAAAACAAUUAAAUUUGUUGAUGGGAGUAGCGAAAAGUCAGUGCCUACUUUAAAAAACUGGGUAACAACUUUAAAGAGUUACCAGAGGGUGUGGCAUGUAUUGAACAAUAAUAAUAUUAAAGUUAUGCGCCCUCGCUACUUCAACUCAGACCCCAUAGAAAACUUUUUUGGUCGGGUGAGGGCGUAUAAUUUUAGGAACAAUGAUCCGACUUGCCACACCUUCACUAGUACAUUUAGAUCUUUAUUAAUAACGGGAUUUAUGAAAUUCCACAAUCAAACUUAUAAUUGUGAGGAUGAUGCUUGCAGCCAGUUAAUUAAAGUACAGUCAUUAUUUGUAAAACGCACUGAGGACAGAUGCAACACAUCCAAUAUUGAUUCAAAUAUUCAUGAAAAUAUUGUAUGUGUUGAGGAUCUGUCUUCAGAAAAUAUUCGCGUACAAGCGGCUCGUGAAAGAUUGAAUGUACACUCGAGGGCAUAUACUGCUGGAUGGGUAGUUAAAAAAAUUAUCAAUAAAAUAAAAUGUAAAGAAUGUGAGACCCAUCUAUGUACAAAUGAGGAUAACGAUGUGCAUAGAUGGAUCUCACACAGAGAAUUUCAAAAUAUAAAAAAAAGAAAGCUGAUCUAUCCAUCGGAAUAUGCCGUGAGGCACUUUGGUUAUGUAAUUCAGGAAUCAAAUGGAUACUUGGAAUGUAAUGGCCAAGAAGAAAAUAUUUCAACUAAAAUUAAAAAUCAUAUAUUAGCCAAGUAUCCAUUUGAUUUCCUGAAAUGUAACGAUCACAAAGCUCUUGUACUAGAAUAUUUUAUUCAAUUGUCUAUUAAAUUAUGUAUUUACAACUGGUGUAACAUCAUCAAUAGGAUUUUGAAAGGUACUGACAUCAUCAGGCUAGAGAAAAGAACUCUGCCACCAAUGCAGAAAAAAGUGUUAAAUAAAUAUAAAAAGAAAUUAAAAAAUAAAUCAUUUAAUAAAUAA